AUGAAGUGGGGAACAUUCAUUUCUUUUAUUUUCUUGGUAAGCUUUACCGAAUCAAAAACCCUGCCCAGAAGAUAUCGGGAUGUAGACGAAAAACACACCCUUGGCCAUUGUUUUACUGAGCUACACGAGGAGAAUUUUAAAGGCGUUGCCAUUGCCAUAUUUGCUCAGAAUGUGCAGGAAAUCACUUAUGAAGAAGCAGCUAAAAUGGUAAAAGAUGUCACAGACCUUGCACAAAAAUGUGUCGCCAGCAAGGAAGACCCAACAUGUCUGAAGCCGCUGACUGCCAUUUUCCUGGAUGAAAUCUGCCAUGAGCAAGGCCUUCCUGAGAAAUAUGGGUUAGCUGCCUGCUGUGCUAAAACUGACCCUGAAAGAAAUGAAUGUUUUCUAUCCCAUAAAAAUUCUACACCAGGAUUCAUUCCUCCUUUUAAAAAACCAGACGCUGAACAGGGAUGCAAACAGUACCAAGAGAAUCGAGUAGCACUUCUGGGCUUAUACAUCUAUGAGCUUGCCAGGAGGCAUCCUUUACUGUAUUCCCCAACAAUUCUUGGCGGUGCUGGUCAUUAUGAGGAGUUGAUGAAAGACUGCUGCAAAGCUGAUGACAAGGAUGCAUGCUUCAAUGAAAAGGCACCAUCUGCGAUGAAGUCAGUGAAAGAAAGUGGCUUGGUACAGGAACAAACAUGUGAGAUCCUGAAGAAGUUUGGAGAAAGAGCCUUAAAGGCUCUGAAACUUGUUCAAAUCAGCCAAAAAUUUCCAAAGAUUGAUUUUGCUACUGCUACCAAACUCGCAACGGAUAUUGUUCACAUGCACACGGAGUGUUGUCAUGGUGACAUGAUGGAAUGUAUACACGAGAGGAUAGAGCUGUCAAAUUAUGUCUGUGCCCACAAAGAUACUGUAUCAACUAAACUCAGCGACUGCUGUGAAAAGCAAGAGGUGGAACGAAGCGAAUGCAUAGUAGAGUUGGAAAAUGAUGACAAACCUGCAGACUUGUCUCCCACAGUCAGAGAGUUCAUAGAAGACAAAGAUGUGUGUGAGCACUUUGCCAAGGAACAAGAUAACUUCCUGGCUCGAUUUGUCUAUGAGUACUCAAGACGACAUCCUGAGUUCUCCCAUCUCAUGCUUUUAAGAGUUAGUAAAGGCUACCAGGAAUUACUGGAAAAUUGCUGCAAAACCAGUAACCCUCCCGAGUGCUACGGCAAAGGGGAAGAAAUGCUCAAAAAACAAGUCCAGGAAAGCCAGGAAUUGCUAAAGACAAACUGCGACUUCUACAAGGCACACGGAGAGUACCUCCUCCAAAACAUGCUCCUUGUCCGCUACACCAAGAAGAUGCCUCAGCUGUCAUCCAAAGAGCUGCUCCACUUCACAAAGAAAAUGGCAGCAGUUGGCGCCACAUGCUGCCAUCUAAGUGAGGACAAAAUAUUUCCUUGUGCUGAGAGAAAUGUUGACCUUAUUCUUGGCCAAAUAUGUAGAAGACACUAUGACAGUUCUAUAAACCCUAAUGUCUGUAAGUGCUGUAGUAACUCCUAUGCUCUCAGAAGGCCGUGCUUUAGCAAGUUGGGAAUCGAUGAGAAGUAUGUGCCCAUACCAUUGACUCCUGAUCUGUUCACCUUCCAUGAAGACUUGUGUGCAACUCAAGAGACAGAGCUACAGAAAAAGAAGCAGGAACUGCUCAUCAGGCUUGUCAAAUAUAAGCCCACCAUUACAGAUGAACAACUGAAGUCCAUCAUUACAGCUUUUCUUGGCAUGAGAGAAAAGUGCUGCAAAGCAGAAGACCAUGAGGCAUGCUUUGGAGAAGAGGGUCCAAAACUGAUAGCAGAAAGUCAGGCUCAAUUGGCACUAUAA